AUGGCGGUAGGUGAUGUUGGGUUUCACCUCAAGCACUCCCAGGCAAUUUGUGGCGUUACGACAGAGGCAUUUAAAGUUUAUGAGGUUUUGGAGGAUAUUUUGGAGCACAUUUUUCUGAAUUUGCAUGAUAUCCAGAAGAACCUACAAUUUUGGCAAUCUAGAGCAGAGGGAUCAAAUGUUCAAAAAGCAUACUUCAUGAUAUUCGAGAGAGGGCCACGUGCAUUUAUUGAUAGAACAUUUCAGUUGAUAUAUGACUGUGUUGCUGAGGGUUCUGGCAUGCAGCAUCUCUAUUGUUCUGCGUCUUCUUAUAUCUCUGAGAGGAUAACAGUCUUAACUAGCUUAAGAUACUCUUUGGCUACAUUUUUGGCACAGGUUUAUAUGGAAGUUGACAAAUUUGUGGAUGAAUUAAUCAAGGAUCCUGAGUGGUCAUUGCGCUCAUUAUUGGUCACUAUCAGUGGCUUAUUUUCACAAUUGGAGGCAUCAAUUGGCCAUUUUCAUGCAAUGCGUCAGAGUGAUUCUUCUGUUGAGGGAAGCUAUUCAUUACCUCUAGUGUUUGAGAGGCUGCCAGAAGUAAACCAGGAAGGCUCUCAGUGGACAGAAUGUGAGAUCAGAGAUGCCAUCAACUUGAUUUAUCAGAAUCUAGAGCAACUGGACUCUUAUUUGUCUGUCCUUGUUGCCAAACAUCGGAAACCAAGAAAGGUAACUCGAUACUGGAUGCGAUAUACAGUUGGGGCCAUCGGCAUUUCCAUCUGUUCAUUGUCGCUUCUGCGUCAUAGUAGUUUGGUGGGAAGUUCUGACAUUGACAAUUGGGUUCGUGAGGCAAAGGAUUCAACAGUUAACUUUUGGAAGGACCAUGUAGAGCAACCGGUAAGCUUUCUCCCUGCUGUUCCAGGUAGUAGUAACUCUUGA